AUGGUCGCUAAGACACGUUUUCUUAGUGACCGGGCAUUCCCGCCAUUGUUGACAGUACGAGCAAGAAGCAGUGUGCAAAUUAAGAUAACCAAUGCGCUGGGAUCGGAUGGACUGCCCGACGACAUUUCGCUCAGCGGGAUAUUCGUUUAUACUUUUAAACCAAAAGAAAUUUCAGAACCUAUUCACCGGGCCAAAAACAAAAAUAACAAAUUAAUGGUACCCAUCUUAAAACUAACAGGCUUUAACGACGAUCAGACAGAGAACAUUGCAUUGGACACAACAGAAAGAGAAAUGCUUCAAUGUUUAAAAAAAUCUGAUAGCAUAGAAACGGAGCAUGAAAGCUUAUCAACCAGACGAGACAGUCUCAAGGAACUGACCCUUCUUAAUUCAAGCACUGAACUAACAAACCGAAACAUUGCAAUACAAAAUCAAAAGAAGCAUAGUUAUACAAAAGAAAUGAUUGAAUUGGAAGAUGGUUUCCAAACAUUGAUAAGCAGCGUCUUUUAUGCCAUGUUCAAAAAAAUGUUCCACUCUACUGUCUUUGAAGCCCUACAAAAUUAUAUAUUGCAGAAAAUAGAAUGGGAAAUUAAAACAAAAACAUGGCCAAGCAUAUCAUGA